AUGAAGCCAGCUAACGGGAGGGUCCAGUCCGGAGCGGGUGACAGGGCAAGCCCGGCGCCAGAAGCCCGAGCAGCGCCGUACACAGGACCAGAGAUCCGGCCGAUCACAGCAGCGCCGGCACUCGGUCGCGGCGCCUCUCGGAGAGAGCAAGAAGAGGCGUCGGGAGGCGCCUCCGAGGCGAGGCGGGGAAGACCGCCAGGACUAGGGAAAUGGAGGAUCAGCGCAGGCCGAGUCGCGCCGCGGGAUAUCCAGCCUCAGCCGACACCGAGUGCGGCGGCAACGGCUGCCGCCUACACCGAGGGCGGCGGGCACUGGCUGCCGCUGGGCGGGCCCAGCGCCGUCUCGGCCUCAGGAAAGGCCAGCGCGCACCGAGAGAAAUCCGGUCUCUGCCGACGGCGGAGACCGCCGGGCCUCGCCGCCGCAGACGAGAAGUUCGGACGCUCCACGGGACAUUCGGCCCCAGCCGACAUGGAGGGCCGCCGGUCCUUCACUGCCGUCGAACGGGAUAGGUUUGGCUACAGCCUCGGCCGGAAGCAAGGGGGCUCCGCAGGAUACCUGGCCCCAGCCGACAUGGAGGGCCGCCGGGCCUUCGCCGCCGUCGAGCGGGACUAG